GAGAAGUUCAAUCUCUACAGAAACCAGAGAUCUUACAUCGGGGAGAAGUUUGCCUGUUUCGAGUGCGGGAAAUGUUUGCCAUACCAGGCUAGACUUUAUAUAUAUCAGAGAUCUCACACAGGUGAAAAGCCAUAUGUCUCUCCUGAGUGCGGGAAUUUCUUUUCAGUGAAGCCUAGUCUUCACACACAUCAGAGAUCUUACACAGAGGAGAAGUUGUAUACCUGUUCGGAGUGCGGGAAAUGUUUUUAA